UCCAUCAAUGUCUUCCUUUUUACUUCCUUCUUUUACUUCUCUUGUUCUUAUUCUUUUGCAUUUCUUUGUUCUUGUUUCUUCUACUGAAGUAACUCAUGAUGGAAGAGCUAUUAUUAUUGAUGGAGAGAAAAAGUUACUGUUUUCUGGUUCUAUUCACUAUCCACGUAGCACUCCUGAGAUGUGGCCUCAUUUGAUUCAAAAGGCGAAACUCGGAGGCCUUGAUGCAAUUGAAACUUAUGUUUUCUGGAAUGCUCAUGAGCCCAGACAACGAGAGUAUAACUUUGAAGGGAAUUUGGAUCUUAUUAGAUUUCUUAAGGAAAUCAAGAAUGCUGGGUUGUAUUCUGUUCUCAGAAUUGGACCUUAUGCUUGUGCAGAGUGGAAUUAUGGAGGUUUUCCUGUAUGGUUGAGGAACAUACCAGGAUUGCAAUUUAGGACUGAUAACAAACAAUUUGAGAAUGAAAUGCAAAACUUCACUACAUUGAUAGUGAACAUGAUAAAAAAUGAGCAGCUUUUAGCACCUCAAGGAGGUCCUAUCAUCUUAGCUCAGAUUGAGAAUGAGUAUGGGAACAUUAUGAAACCAUUUGGAGAAGCAGGAAAAAGAUAUGUGCAAUGGUGUGCUAAAAUGGCAGAAUCUCAAAACAUUGGUGUUCCAUGGGUGAUGUGCCAACAACCAGAUGCUCCACAACCUAUGAUCAACACAUGCAAUGGAUUUUAUUGUGAUAGCUUCAAGCCUAACAACCCGAAAAGUCCGAAGAUGUGGACCGAGAACUGGACUGGAUGGUUUCAGAAAUGGAGUGAAGCUAAGCCUCAUCGCCGAGCCGAAGAUUUGGCCUUUUCGGUUGCGCGGUUUUUCCAAACUGGAGGAACUUUCCAAAACUAUUACAUGUAUCACGGAGGUACUAAUUUCGGUCGCUUUGCCGGAGGCCCAUACAUCUCAACAACAUAUGAUUAUGAUGCUCCUCUUGACGAAUAUGGAAACUUAAGGCAACCAAAAUGGGGACACCUGAAGGAGCUACAUGCUGCAAUCAAAAUGAUGGACAAGGCUCUUCUUCAAGGCAAUGCGACGGACACAGACCUCGGAAACGGCGUGACGGCAACAAAAUAUACAGAUGAAGGUAAUGCCUGUGGUUGUUUCCUCAGCAACAUAAACACGACGACAGAUUUCACAGUUGUGUUCGAAGGAGCAGAGUAUUUCUUGCCUGCAUGGUCUGUCAGUGUUGCACCAGAUUGCAAGUUAGAGGUGUAUAACACUGCAAAGGUUAACACUGAAACUCACAUUAUGAUCAAGAAGCCUGAUACAUGUAAAGAAGGGUCUCAGAAGCUAAGCUGGUCAUGGUUGUCUGAGAUGCAUGGUGAUAACCUCAAAGGAGUUGGUUCUUUCUCUGCUCAAAGGCUUUUGGAGCAAACUUCUAGUACUGUUGAUGAUAGUGAUUAUCUUUGGUACAUGACAAGUGUUGAUGUUAAGGAGAAGGAAGUCAUGGUUCUUAGUGUUAAUACAACUGGUCAUGUCCUUCAUGCAUUUGUGAAUGGGGAGCUUGUAGGGUCUCAGUAUUCCUUGAAAUCUGAAUGGAACUUUGUGUUUGAGAAGAAUGUUUCUCUUAAUGCUGGCAUUAAUUACAUUUCACUUCUUAGUGCCACUGUUGGAUUAGAGAAUUAUGGCUCAUUCUUUGAGUAUGAUUCAUAUGGAAUUGUUGGUGGUCCUGUGAAACUAAUUGGGAAUGGGAACAAUUCAAUAGAUUUGACAAAGAAUAAAUGGUCAUAUAAGAUUGGAUUGAAUGGAAUGGAGAAGCAACAAGUCUUUGCUGAUGAGAACUGCAACACUAGAAGCCUACAAUGGAAAACAGAUUACAUUCCAACACUUAAACCCUUCACUUGGUACAAAGCGAACUUUGAAUCGCCGAUUGGCGAUGAGCCAGUAGUGGUGGACUUGCUAGGAAUGGGUAAGGGAGCUGCCUGGGUGAAUGGCUAUAGUCUUGGUAGGUUCUGGCCAAACUAUACUGCUGAUCCUAAUGCAUGCAAGCCUUGUGAUUAUCGUGGACAAUACACUGAUUCCCGCUGUCGAACCGAUUGUGGCGAGCCUUCUCAGAGAUGGUAUCAUGUACCAAGAUCAUUCUUGAAGGCUGGAUUGCCAAACACAUUGGUUCUGUUUGAAGAAUUCGGCGGUGAUCCUCUGGGAAUUAACUUCCAGACUGUGACUGUAGGAACUACUUGUGCCAAAGUUGAUGAAGGAAAGACUCUUGUAUUAACAUGUCAAGCAGGAAGAUUGAUCUCCGAUGUCACUUUCGCCGCCUAUGGUGACAUUCAAGGUGAGUGUGGCUCAUUCAAGACAGCGAAAUGCGAGUCCGGUGAGCCUGUUCUCUCAUUGAUCAAACAAGAGUGCAUUGGCAAGCCAUUGUGUUCAAUCGAUGUGGCGAUUGAAAAGCUCGGUGCAUGUGCUAGUUGUGCAGGAAUUCCAAAGAAACUCGCUGUUGAGGCUGUUUGCUCUUAAUCUGUAUUAGUUUUGAAAGACAACAUCCAGUUGUUUUGAGUUUGUUCUCAUUUCAAGCUUCAUGAGGCCUGUUUAGACCAUGUUUGAUUGAA